CACUACAGAUGUUGAUAAUCUGAUUGAUAUCAAAAUCAUCAUACACAAUGCAAAAUACGACUUGCGUAAUUUACGUUCAUUAGUUCUACGAAAUUAUAAAGUGAUUCAUGUAUUUUUUAAUUUUAAACAUCUUAAGGUAGUACAGCGGUUCCCUCUGUAUCAUAAUUGAGCGUCGGAAAUCAUUGAACCAUCAUGGGGGAUGAUAUGUUGGACGAUAUUCGUGCCAGGAGAUUGGCUCAACUACAAAAUGAAUACAAAGGUCCUGGAGGUUCGGCUACAGAUAAAGCCGCAGCUGAAGAGGAACGAAGAGCUACUGCUAAUGAAAUGAAGAAUUCAAUGUUAAGUCAGGUGCUAACGCAGGGUGCCAGAGCAAGAUUGAAUACCUUAAUGAUUGGCAAACCAGAGAAAGGCAAAUUGGUAGAGAAUUUAAUUCUGCAAAUGGCUCAGACAGGUCAAAUAAUGAAUAGAUUAAGUGAAGAAGAGCUAAUUGGUUUAUUAGAAAAAGUAAAUCAACAAUUUGGUAGUAAACAGAAGACCACUGUGAAGUUUGAUCGACGAAGAGCAGCCCUAGAUUCGGACGAUGAAUUGUAAAUACCUGAUAAAUAACUGUACGUGCAGAAUCGAACUGCAAAUAACAUGAGGGAAAAAACAUUGAUUGUCUAAUUUUAAAAUUUUUCUAACUUAUUCACGUGUUUAACCUAUAAAUAAAUCAGUUUUGUGUAUAUCUA